AUGGAACCACGAGCGCGUGCUGGCAAAAAUGUCGGCAAGAUGAACUUUUCGCACAACGAGCUAGCUCAGCUACUCUACGCACACGGCGACGUUAAGAACCCCCUCCCCGAGACCGUCCGCGUCCUCGACGAGAUCCUCACCGACUUCAUGCAAGCCAUCGCGUUCGAGGCGGCGCGCGCCGCGCAGUACUCGGGCCGUCAGAAGAUCAAGUACGAGGACUUUGAGUUUGCGUUCCGCAAGAACCCGGCGUUCCUCGGCAAGGUGCAGGAAGUCUUUGAGAAGCAAAAGGAGAUUAAGAAGGCUCGCGAGAUCCUGCGCGACGCCGAGGACGACAUCAUGAAGGAGGCGGCUGAGGAGGAGAAGAAGCGCGAAAAAGUAGAGGGCGGCGCGCCCGCGGCGAGCGGCGGCGGCGGCGGCGGCGGCGGUGCGAGCAGGCCGGCCAACAACGAGGAGGAGCUUGGCGAGGCCGACGACGACGACGAUGCCGAGGCGGAUGCUUUGGGCAAGAAGAAGUGA